GUUUCUAAUAUGUAUCAGUAUCACUAGUCCUUCAACAAGUUUUCUCAUUUCCCACUUGAAAAUGGCUUCCAGUGGUAAUCUUGAAGUAGAAGUUGAGGUGAAGUCUCAUUCAGAUAAGUUCUGGCCAACCAUCAGGGACUCUCCCAUUAUCCUCCCUAAGGCCUUUCCUAAUGAUUACAAGAGCAUUGAAAUUCUUGAAGGCGAUGGGAAGUCUGUUGGCACUAUUCGCCUAAUCACAUACGGGGAAGGUUCUCCUCUUGUGAAAGUAUCAAAGGAGAAGAUUGAGGCAUUUGAUGAAGGAAAAAAGACACUUUCUUAUAGUGUGAUCGAAGGGGAUCUGCUGGCUUACUACAAAGUUUUCAAGUGCCACAUUACAGUGACUCCAAAGGGAGCUGGGAGCCUGGCAAAAUGGUCCUGUGAGUUUCAAAAGGCUAGCGAGGAGAUUCCAGACCCACACAUUAUUAAGGACUUUGUAGUCAAAAACUUCAAGGAGCUGGAUGACUAUGUUCUCCAUGCAUAGAGGCCUGAGGCCCCUCUCUCUUGGAAAGAUUUGGGGGAUUUGCGGAUGAUAUUUAUAUUAUCAUUAUGGCCUACUAAACAAUAAGUUAUUUGCAAUGCAUGCACUCAUCUUUGUUGUUCCUUUCCUUGUUUGUUGGCUAAGUAAUGUACUGGAUGUUCUUAUUAUCCCCAUAAUGGAAAUCUCUGCUAUCACUUAUCUCAG